CAAAAAAAUUAGACUUACAAACACAACAAAACUUUAUCCUAUUAGAUUGUAUUUAAAAAUACAUCAUAUUAAGAAGGAUGCAGAAUUUUUUACUUACAUCACUAAAGGAAAAAAUAAUAAACCCGAAUAUUGUUAUGUUGAAGAUAUCAAUGAAACUUCAGAAAACAUGUCAACAGUAGUUAAUAAUGUUUAUCAAAAAUGUCUUGAAAAAAAUAAGAAAUGUCUUAAUAGUACAAAUCUAGCUGGACCAGAUUAUUUUGGAAUGGGUAAUGAAGACCAUUUAAAAAAAAUAUCUAUUGAUGUAAUUUUUGUUCCAUUUUACAUUAAAGAAAACAAUCUUAAAAUGUUUGUAGUUGAUGCUUCAUAUGAUGGAGUAGAACCAUUAGAUGGUUACCAUAUUACAUUUGUGGAAAAAUAUAAGCAUGAAUCCACUUUAUUUUCUCAGUCCUAUAAUUAG